AGUUUAAAUGCCUGUGAAAUGCGAUAGUGUUUUGUAGUUGUAUUUUAUUUUCAUUGUUUUUCUGUCAGAGUCUCUGACUCAGAGAUUGUGUUGUUAACUGAUUAUCACUUGAGAUCAGCUCAUUGUCUGGUAAUCAUCGCCUCCAAACACAUCCCAUCGACAGCACUCACACCCGAUGGCCACCGCAGCGGCCGCUCAGUCGGCCCGACGCCGGAUCAUCGAUAUCGGCGCUAACCUCACCGAUCCCAUGUUUAAAGGCAUAUAUAACGGGUCACAGAAGCACAUCCACGACCUGUCGGAUGUGAUCAAACGGUCCGUCACUUAUGGCAUACAACGAGUACGUAAUGAUUGCCUAAUAGUAAACGAUUGA